AUGGCUGCCGGCGUAUCAUCUCCUGCCCGCCCAAGCCCAGUCUAUCUUCACGAUCCAUUGUCCCACACAAACAAUAAUUCCUCCAACUUCAUCUCUGCUCCUCCUCACCAUUCUGCUUCCACCACAUCCUCUUCCGGCUUGAGCUCCCUCACCUGCCCACCUCCAGCAGCACCGCACCUGUCGUCGUCUUCUCCCAGCAGCCAAGACAAUCCGCGUCGCCCUCGUCCUGUCAUCGUCAGUCCUAACAGCACCACCAGCAGCACCAGCGCCAGCCCAAGCAUCAGCACUCCCGCCAACGUUGCCAUCUCUCCCCUUGCAUCCUCGCCGCUCGAGUCUGUCGCAGACUCCGUGCUCACGCGACCUCGACCACAGCAAUCGCCUGUCAAUUCCGCCAGAGGGGACCCGAGGCUUCAAAAACCUGCCGGUUUUUUCGCAUUCGCUGCCUCUGCCAUUGACCGCACUCAGAGUGCCAUUGCCACCAUCUCUGACCAGACGGUUCGGCACCAGCGAUCCCUGAGUCGGCUUUCAAUUACCGGCGACUCUGCUGCCCACCACCUCAGCGCCGAGCCUUCGCCCGACAGGACUUCGAGAUACCGCCCCGCCUCGACUCUGUCGUCGGCCUCGUCCUCGAACCUGCUGAGCCCUCAGCUAGGGUCAAAGUUUCCAAGCAGCCAGACUUCUCCGGCUCAGGAUCCUCCCUACUCACGACCCUAUUCUGAGACCGAUCCCUCUCACCCUCCGCCAAUUCUCUUGCCGAGAAUCGACAACAAGAUGCAUCAAACAUCGUCGAGGCUAUUGCGCAUGACGGAUGACGACAGGCCGUUUACCAAAGACUUCAAGGAUCUCUUUGCAACACUGAUCGUCAGUCUGCUUCCGCUUUCAGCCCAUCGCGUUCGCUUGACCAAGGUCGAGCACACGUUCCUGUCAGAAGAUGCCAUCAACAAUCUGGGUUCUCUCAAAUUCUCCCAAUCCAAUCGCAUGCCCGAUCCCAAAGAUCCUUCCCGAAUCGUAACGACAACGACGACAACCACAUUCUCCAUGGCGAAAGACAUGGCCCGGUCGAUAUGCCAGCGAUUCUUGGAGGCACGUUUUAUCGAGUCCGCCGACGGGAAGUACCAGCAGGUAUACACCAUGAAGGGCUCGGUCUGGCAAUUGACACCAAAGGGUAUCUCUAUCUUGGAUCGCUUCUGUUCGAGGAACGGUAUCCAGCAGAAGCAGGUGGCAGAGCUGAUUGGCAACUCAUUACCUCAACUCGUCAUCUUGGAAAGAGAAGGUCAGACGGACAAGCUGACUACGGACCGUGGCACCAUCGAGGUCCUUUUCAGGAGGUUUGUCGGUAUCGGAGGCUUCAACAUCAAGAGCAACGUGAACUCUGCCGACUCGGAUUCCCUCAGCGAUUACAAAGAUGGUCUGACAGGCGUCAAAAUGGCCGCCGAGCGUAAAGUGGGAGGCAAGACUUUUAAGAACACUUUUACUGGCAAGGCGGCCACAGACUGGCUUAUGGACUGUUCCACCACUGUUGACCGACGGGAGACAAUUGAGGUUGCCGGCCUGUUUGUUGAGUACGAGCUUAUGGAGGCUAUCCAGCAAGAUCGGGCGUACAUGUCGCAAUACCCUGGCAGCCAUCUGUUCCAGCCCACAAAGCAUGCCAUCUACACACUCACGCCAAGAGCCCACGACCUGGUCAAUGGCGCAUUGACCCGAGGGAGGAGUUCAGAGGGCGAGGUAUCCUCCGGGAUUAGGCCUGGUGUCGCCCGCGACUCUAACACCCAGAGACUGGACAAGAUCCUGGGCGAUCCCGCGCUUCGACUGCUCUUCCGUGAAAACCUUCGCGAGACGCAUUGUGAGGAGAAUCUGUCGUUCUACAUCGAUGUGGACGAGUUCGUGCGUAGCUGCAAGCAGGCUAUCCGACAAGCCCAGAAGAACCCGACGUCGACUUCUAUGGAUGGUAUUAAGGAGAUCAUGGCUCAGGCAUACGGCAUCUACAACGCGUUCCUCGCCCCCGGCUCGCCUUGCGAGCUCAACAUCGACCAUCAACUGCGCAGCAACCUUGCCACCCGCAUGACUAAGGCAGUGGGUCAAGACGUUGCCAUGAUUGAUACUUUGCACGAGGUGACAGCGCUCUUUGAGGACGCGCAGAACGCUGUCUUUAAGCUCAUGGCUAGUGACUCGGUACCGAAGUUCUUGCGGAGCCCAAAAUACGAGCAGGUCUUGAAGAACUACGACUUUGAUACCAUAACGCAUCCCGUUGGCAAAGAUGCAGGAGCGCCCGGCCGAUUGCUCGAGCGAAGCCAAAGUCGAUCGAACCGCAAGUGA